AUGUCGACAAUCCCUGAACCGGCUAUGGACAUCGCCACCAAGACCAAUGUGACCCCCACUGCAAGUGAGACAUCAAUCCGGUACAUUCUUCCUCACUGGAAGGACUUUGUGAGCCAGGGCCAGACGCUCUACAGCGGAACACGCUUCGAUUUAUCUCAAAAACAGAACGAGGUGGGUAUGGUGCUGGACUCGGACGUGGCGAAGCGUGUCCUGGAGCUCGUUCAUACAGACACUGUGGACUGGGUCAAAAAUCAGGCUAUUGCAGCGUUCAAGAGGGCGACUGAAGGGACACAUGACACCGGUUUCCAUGAGACGGAUGAGUGGAAAGUGUACAACGAGUCUCUGGGCCUGUUGGUGGAGGUGGCGGGGUACCUCGCGCGGUACACGGACCUCAAUGAGCAGCCCGAAAAUGAGGGCGUCCUCAGUCCGGCAAGCUGCCUUCGACUCUCCGAGACUCGCUUGGAAUCGGCUUGGGAGGAGCUGCGGAAGGCGCAGGAGUUGGCGUUCGCGAAGGGGUGCGACUUUGACUCGAUCGGCCGGAAGCCACAGCUUCAAUGCGUGAAGGAGCUGGCAGAGUGCGUCCGUGACGUUGAGCAGCGAACGCACCGCUUCGGUCGGGACCUUCUCGGUCUCUACUGCAACUUGAACGAGGUUGGUGUUGAGGAGCCCAGUCCCGUUGAAUAG